AUGUCAAAAAAGCGCCGCCAUGACCCUUCAGAGGAUGAAAUCGAUGCGGAGCCGAUUCCUUCGGAUCCAGAAGAGUUCAAAAGUGAGUCUUCUGUGAAACAGCACAAAUCUAGGCGGCAAGAUCAUCCACGAAAUGGUGACGACAAAAAAUCUAAAAAAAUGGAAAAGAGGGAGCCUGAGAAGAAAAGAAGGACCAACACCUCGUCAAGAAGCGGCUCGUCCAGUUCUUCUGAUUCAAAUUCAAACAGCUCGGACUCUGAAGGCUCCUCAGACGAUUCUGCCAGCAGUAAAUCUUCAGCAUCUCGUAACGCUAGUCCUGCGAAAUCCAAAGGUCGCGUUCCAGAGAAGGAGAAGCGCAAGAAUUCGCCGGUUCUAGCAGAGAAGCGUCGUCGUUCAAUAUCGGAUGAAAGGAAGAGGAAGAAAGGAUCCUUACCUAAUUCUUCUCCUGUAAGGCAAAGAUCGCCUUCUAAGUCUUCGAAGGAAGCACGGCCAAAUGCAAAGUCAAGUAGAGAAGAAGCAUCCGGGUCUAGUGACAAGUCAAAACAGUCGGAGUCAGAUCGCCGCCGAAGCAAAAGAAGUCGUUCACGAUCGCAAAGUCCGUCUUUCAAAAAGGAGCGGACGGAGGUAACUAAAAAGGACGACUCCUUGAAACCUAAAGGAACUAAAGGAUAUCGUUCACCUUCACCUGACGAAAGAGGUUCGCGUUCAGUAGAGAAACAGUUGUUGCAAGGAAAAUCAAGGAAGAGUAACGACGAGUCGCUUUUGAAAAACGCAGCUGAUCCUUCUCCAUCUAGAGAUGGUCGCAAAAUCAAGGAGAAGCAUCACCAUCGAGACUCUUCGAGUGGUUCCGAAAAGGAUGAGUCAAAGGUGGACGAAGAAAAGAAGGUGAAAAAGAAGCAUAAAAAGAAGAAGUCCAAAAAGAAGCGCAGUCAGUCAUUAUCGCAAUCGUCCUCGGGAGGCGAAGAUUCUGGAGAGGGCACUUGCAGCAAGAAAAAGGCGAAGAAGUCUAAAAAGAAGAAAAAGAGUUCGAAGCAUAGCGAAAAACAUAAGAAGAAACGAAAACCUUCUGAGAGCAGCGUGCUAUCAGAUCAUGGAUCUCCUGUUAGAACUAACGAAGAGGAACCUGCCUACAAGAAGAAGACGAAGACCUCCGAGUCGAGUGCACAGGAAAUUCGGAGAGAAAAGUCUCCAGAAACGAAAAGAACUCACGAGAGCUUGGUGGAAAAAGGUAAAGCUGAGAGAAGGAAAAGCCCUGAGCUGGAAAAAGUUAAAGAGAAGAAUUCCAGAGAAAGGGUGAAAGACAAAACGCUUAGGACUAGGGAUAGUUCCGAAGAUUUUGUACAUGAGGAGAAAGAUGAAAGAAAAUCUCAAGGGCGACGGUAUGAACUCGACUUUUCUCCUCCAGGGAAGGGAAAAACUGAAACUGAGGAGAAAAGAAGAAGCGGUGGGGAGAAAUCUCGUGAGACUCAGAAACCUCAGAGAGAAAGGAGCAGAUCUCCUUCACGAAAAGAGAGAAGUAGGUCGCCAACAAGAGGGGGAAGAAGCGGAUCUCCCAUGCGGAAGGAAAGGAAUAGAUCUCCAUCUAGAAAAGAAAGGAGUAGAUCUCCUCCUCGUCGGGAGAGAAGCAAAUCUCCUGCACGAAGAGAACGGAGUAGAUCUCCGGCAAAUGUGCCCGAAAGACGACAAAGCUAUCGGGAAAGGUCUCGUGAACGAAGUAGAAGUCCCCGUGAAAGGAGAAGAAGUCCUCUUAGACCACCAGUUCGUUAUGAACGAUGGCGUCGUGAAACGUAUCUCAACACCCGACGUUGGGAUGACCGACGCCGUUGGGAAGAUCAACGUCGAAGGAGAGACGAUUCCCGAGACCGACACCGAAGGGAUGACUCUAGAGAGCGGAGACGUCGUGAUGAUUCGAGAGAUCGUAGAAAGAGAAGCCGGUCAAGAGAUAGAGAGGAUAGCCCUAAAAUGUGGCCGAAAAAGGUGAAAAAGGAAGUGAGCUCAUCUGAGGAGUCGGACGGCGAUGAGAACUCCAGCUCAUCUGAGAGAAGAGAAAGGAAAGCAUCGCCUUCUCUAAGAAAGAGGUCGAAAUCGAGAUCCCCUUCGCUUGAAAAAAGAGAAAGAAGAAGUUCUCGUGAGCGCGUCGAUAACAAGGACGGUCGCAGUCGGGAGCCCCAGAAAACUCGAGAUCGAAAAGGCGAUAGAGAAGAUAAGAGUCGAGAUAUCAAGAAAGAACCACCAGAAAGCUCCUCAAUAGAACCCGACACCUCUGGAAAGAAUUAUGGACUUGAAAAAAAGCUAAAGCGUGAUGAAGAUGAUGGACGACCGAAAUCAUCCGAAGCGAAAAAUUUGAGAGAUCGAUGGGGUUCAGCGGAAGAUUGGGGUCUCAACAAGGACGAGGCGCCGGUGAAAGAAAAGGAGAAGGUAAAUCUUGAAGUAAGUGGAAAACUCGCCGAAGACACUAAUAUGUUCCGCGGUGUUUUAAUAAAGUAUAAUGAACCUCCCGAAGCUAAGAAACCGACUUUGAGAUGGCGACUGUAUCCUUUCAAAGGAGACGAACCGCUUCCUGUUCUUCACAUUCAUCGCCAAUCAGCGUAUCUAAUUGGGAGAGAUCGGAAAAUAGCUGAUCUUCCGAUUGAUCAUCCAAGCUGUAGCAAACAGCAUGCUGUGCUGCAGUACAGAUCGGUACCGUUCGAAAAGGCAGACGGUACGAAAGCACGGCGGGUGCUGCCUUAUAUAAUUGAUUUGGGCAGUUCAAAUGGAACGUUCCUUAAUGGAUCGAAAAUUGAACCGCAAAGGUAUGUGGAACUGAAAGAGAAGGACGUGCUGAAAUUUGGUUUCUCCAGCCGUGAAUUCGUGGUUCUCAAUGAGAAAUCGGCUGGCAAUGAGAACAUGUCAGAUCAUGAACCUGCAUCACCUGGUUCAGAAUAG